AUGUUGAGUUUAGGAUACGACGAAGAUUCUCCCUUCAACUCCCUUUUUGGGGAGCUUGAAGGCGGGUUAUUACAGGAGACUGGAGUCAAAGGUACUCCCUAUCCCCAAGACGGGAUCUGUGGCGGUGAUCUAUUGCAAGAAUUGGAUGAGCUGGCAGAAAGUCCACUCGCAGAUUGGUUAACUGAAAAAGUUGAUUUUGGUUCAUUGGAAUUCCAAGACGAUGGCAGUCUCAUACCUGACAGUGAAUUUAACUCUCAACUUGCUGAAAUGCCCCCAGUGUUGGUUAAUUCAGAAGUUGAUGAGUUACAGGAGUUGGCAGUGAGCCCAGCCGACUUGGAAUUACUGAACAGUCUUGUCGUCAAUUCUGAAGUCCAAGAAGAGGUCAUCAGUGAUUCCCCAAAAAGAUCCAAGUCUAAAUUAAAAACCGCCUCUGGUACCAAAUAUGGAAAGUUCACUGAUAGGAAAUCCAGAAAACGUGACCAAAAUAAAGCAGCAGCAACCAGAUACAGAGAAAAGAAAAAAGCAGAGGCUGAUGGUAUACAUACAGAGGAAGAAAGACUAGUUGCUAAAAACACAUCUUUAAAAGAACAAGUAGAUUCCUUAACCAGAGAAAUACAAUAUAUGAAAGAACUAAUGGUUGAUGUGUACAAAGCUAAAGGGAUGAUUUAA